AUGAAAGGCCGCGCCGCCUCCUGUCAGCAGCCCGCCGCCAUGGAAGCCGCGCCAGCGCCGACUCUCCUGGGCGUCCCGCAAGCCGAGGUGCUGGAGGACGUGCUGCGGGAGCAGUUCGGGCCACUGCCCCAGCUGGCCGCCAUCUGCCGGCUCAAGCGGCUGCCCUCGGGCAGCUAUUCCUCGACUGAGGACCUCCAGUUAGUGCUGGAGAGACGGCGUGUGGCCAACGCCAAGGAGCGCGAGCGGAUAAAAAAUCUCAACCGUGGUUUUGCCAAACUGAAGGCGCUUGUGCCAUUCCUUCCCCAAAGCAGGAAGCCUAGCAAGGUUGAUAUCCUUAAAGGUGCAACUGAAUACAUACAAGUUCUCAGUGAUGUUUUGGAAGGAGCCAAAGACUCGGAGAGACAAAAUCUGGAUCACCAAAGCUGUAGCAACAAUGCUUCUGAACCACCUAUAUCCUUGGCUAGAGAUCUAUCGAGAAACAUCAUCCAGCAUGCCAGCUGUACUGUGGGCUUGAAGAAUGAGGAGGAAAGGCCCUGGGCAGAUGGUGGCAGUGGUGAGUCAGCAUACACUUGUCGCCAGAGCAUGAUGUCUACGACUGGAGUUACCUCCCCAACCAGGAGUCUGGUAUUACCAUGUCAUUCUUGGGGUGAGCUGCCUGGUUAUUCCUUCCUGCCAGUCCCUUUUGGGCCUGGGCUGGGAGUGGAGCCUAGAAGGAAGCACAGCAGGCUUAUGCUUAGCAACACCAACAGCAAGGAUGUACAGAGGAUAGAUUCCUAGACGUGGAAGUCCUGAGUCACAGGUUCCCCCAAAUAUGAAAAAAGAAAAUUCCAGCCCA